CCAUUAAAGGCUAAGCUCAAGCUCACAAGUUUCGCCAAUCGCCCGUCCCUCUUUUUCUUCUCUAAUGGGUGGACAGGAAGGUUGCUUAUAACUAGCGCACCAGCGUCGAACGAACAUGGUGUUCUAGGACAUCCCAGCUAAAACCAAAAGCCAAGAUCAGCAAAGCGAACUGGCAAUGGCAAUGGCGCGGCUUCAACCUUGUACUCUGAUCUUGGCUCUUUUGCUGGCGAAUGUCAUUUGCUUCCUGGGAAAAGCCGACAGCGAUUCUCUAGGGCUCGGAGCUUCGUUCAUUUUUGGCGACUCGUUAGUCGACGCAGGGAACAACAAUUACCUGCCAACUCUCUCUCGGGCGAAUAUACGUCCGAAUGGGAUCGAUUUCACAGCAUCGGGAGGGAUACCGACAGGGAGGUACACCAAUGGGAGGACUAUUGGGGACAUUGUGGGAGAAUUACUGGGACAACCACAUUACGCAGUACCCUUUCUGGCCCCGAACACGACCGGGAAAGCGAUAUUGAGUGGAGUGAACUAUGCGUCCGGGGGAGGAGGCAUUCUGAAUGCAACCGGAAGGAUUUUCGUCAAUAGGCUGAGCAUGGACAUCCAAGUGGACUACUUCAACAUCACAAGAAAACAGAUUGAUGGGUUGCUAGGCGCAUCAAAGGCCAAGGAGUACAUAAUGAAGACAUCCAUCUUCUCCAUCACAAUUGGAGCGAACGAUUUCCUCAACAAUUACAUGCUUCCGGUCCUCUCCGUCGGCGCCCGGAUCUCUGAAACCCCUGAUGCCUUCAUCGACGACAUGCUCAGCCACCUGCGAGACCAACUAACGAGGCUUUAUAAGCUGGAUGCUAGGAAGUUUGUGCUCGGGAACGUCGGCCCAAUCGGUUGCAUACCUUAUCAGAAGACGAUAAAUCAGCUAAACCCAGACGAAUGCGUCGACUUGCCGAACAAACUCGCGAAGCAGUACAACGGAAGGUUGACGGAUUUGCUAGCCGAGCUCACCAAAACCCUCCCGGGAGCCACCUUUGUCCAUGCCAACGUCUAUGACAUGGUCCUGGAAGUCAUCACCAACUACGACAAAUACGGAUUCACGACGGCGAACCGGGCAUGCUGUGGAAACGGGGGCCAAUUUGCCGGCAUAGUCCCAUGUGGUCCGACCUCCAGCAUGUGCACGGACCGGUCAAAGCACGUCUUUUGGGACCCGUACCACCCGAGCGAGGCUGCCAACAUCAUCCUUGCCAAGCAGCUGGUCGACGGCGACAGCCGCUACAUCACCCCCAUGAAUCUCAGAAAACUCCGAGAUCUUUGAUCCUAAUUAUCGGUGACCAAGUGCUGCCGCGCUUUGUCGAACUGAUUGUCGCUCGUGCAUUUACAAGCACACGAUGCUCCUUUGUAACCCUGUUAUAAAAUUUCGAAUUACAUGAAGGACAUUUAGCUUUUCUUUCUAUAUUUAUAUUUAUGGUUCAAUGUU